AAGACUGAACACUUCACCUUUCCAGUCGAGAUUCCCAGCUGUAGCCUCCCAAGCGAAUGAUAUUGAUACCGACUGCUGAGCUCGCUCGAAACUCACCCAAUCGCCAUGAAACUCAUCCCACGCAAUUCACUUAUUUCGAUUCUGAGAACAUCUCUUUCCUCCUUGUCUCUCCGCCCCAUCUCCAACACCGCCUCAGAUUACCCCUCCGAAACCCUAACCCCAUCGCCACCAAUUUCCCAAAACCCAUAUGCAAAACCCAACCCCCACCCCAGGACCCGGACCCCAUCCGAGAAACAAUUCGAGAAAUGGAUCCAAAAUCUCAAACCCGGGUUUACUCCCUCCGACGUGGACGAAGCCCUCAAUGCCCAAACCGACCCUGACCUCGCCCUCGACAUUUUCCGGUGGACCGCCCAACAGCGAGGCUAUAAGCACGACCAGGUCACCUAUCUCACCAUGAUUGAAAUCGCCGCCACCGGAAAACGGUACCGCGUUGCCGAGACCCUCAUCGAGGAAGUCGUUGCCGGAGCCUGCCCGCCAAGCCUCCCUCUUUACAACUCCAUGAUCAAAUUCUGCUGUGGCCGUAAGUUUUUAUUCAACCGAGCGUUUGAUAUUUAUAAGAAAAUGCUGAAGUGCGAUGGUCCGACGGUCAAACCCUCUUUGGAAACUUAUAAAUUGUUAUUGAAUUCGCUGCUUCGGAAGUUUAAUAGGUUGAAUGUGUGUUAUGUUUAUCUACACGCUGUUAGAUCGUUGACGAAGCAAAUGAAGGCAUCUGGGGUGAUACCGGAUACUUUUGCGUUGAAUAUGAUUAUAAAAGCUUAUUCCAAGUGUCUUGAAGUGGAUGAGGCCAUUCGGAUUUUUCGGGAGAUGGGGUUGUAUGGUUGCGAGCCGAAUGCUUAUACUUACAGUUAUAUCGCAAAGGGGUUGUGUGAGAAGGGGAGGGUAGCUCAGGGGUUGAACUUCUUUAAGGAGAUGAGGGAAAAAGGUUUUGUACCAAAAGGGAGUACAUAUGUGAUAUUGAUUUGCAGUCUUGCUUUGGAACGGAGGUUUGAGGAUGCCAUUGAGAUUGUGUUUGAUAUGUUGGAUAAUUCUAUGUCACCUGAUUUUCUUACUUACAAGACUCUUCUGGAGGAGUUGUGCAGGGACGGAAGGGGAAACGAUGCUUUUGACCUUCUCCAAGAGAUGAGGAAGAAGGAUACUUCUAUGAACGAGAAAACUUACAGUGCUCUGACGAAUGUAUUGCAUUUUCUGAACCGGGAGUAGGCCAUUGUUUCCCUUUUUGGUGCAUUGGAGGGCUCAAAGCCCAUUAGAUAUGUAAAGAGCCUUGGGGUUGCGACCCCAGUUACAUCUGCAUAUAACCAUUCUCUAAUCUGCACUGGGGGCUGUUAUUGCACUGAUCUUCAAUCAUGAUAUACUUGUUAGUGAAUCCGUCUCCAGUACCACUUUCCUGUGGCCUUUCUUCCAUGCUAGCUUCAGGCCAUGAAUUAUACCCCACAAUUCCGCCACAAUGUUACUAGAUCAUUGUUUUCCAUGAGAAAAAUUAGAGAACCAAGUUCGUUCUUUGGCUCUGUUGAGUCUGAGAGGUUGUUUUGUUUGCUUAGGCCCCCAUUUCUAAUUACCGGAAAUCAUCCAAUGGAAGUUAAAAUGAAUUGAUAUGCAUGUGCAUGCGGGAUCAUAAUAUCACUAUAUCAGACUAGUUCUUCGUUCAAGUCAGCAAUUGUUGCGAGGAGAGUGGGAAAUGAUGGCCCUGUUCCCAAAUGAGGUUAGGGGUGCUAUCUUUCUUGAUUAGUUGGGUAAUGCAAUUUAUUGAAACGCUAUGCUUUAGGCAAAUUGGUGGGUUUCUGUCAUUUGAGUUCGUUCUUCUAUCUUUUGAAGGAACAGGGGUGGGAAGACAUUUGUUAUCAAUGUAGCCAGAGAGAGAUAGAUAUGAUUUUGCUGCUUCUCUGAAACUGCUUAGUCCAAUUGUGAUUGCUCGAAUAAAGAAGCUAGUAAAUUCAUCAA